AUGUACUUCGCUGAUCGUGAAAAAAAAAUCGAAUUGCUAUCGUCGUUCUACAAAAUACGUCGCGAUUGUCGGCGACGAUGACAGUUGCCGAAAAAGAGCGGAGCGCAUCGUAAUGAUGGCACUAUUUGUCGCUUCGCGCGAAACGCGGCGAUCGUCGCCGGUCGCUUGUUAUUGAUUUCCUCGCCCUUCCUUCACACAUAUAUAUAUAUAUAUCUCUAACACCCAUAAACAAUAGCGGAACACCAUGUACCGACGCGAUUGAGCAGAAAUGGCGGAUACAGAUCCACAGUUCAAACGCCUUUUACUGCCAGCAGAGGAAACUCUGUUUGAGCAAUUGUUGAGAUUUGGCCUCUAUCUUGGUGCAGUAUUCCAAAUUAUAUGCUUGUUGUCUAUAGUGAUAUAUCAGGCAGGUCCAUCCGAUGGUGUGGCAGCUUUGAAGGAUGAUCCAAGUGAUGUAGAAUGUUCUGAAAACAGUCCUCAAGUAACACCAAGAAGACCUCACCGACCACGCAAGCAAGAGAAGAAGAAGAGGCGUUAAGACAUUCUUUCUGCAACGAUCAAGUUUUACAUUCUCUAAUUUAUCUAUUUUUACAUUUGUAUACUUACAUUUUAUGACCAUUUGAAGACUGGCUUUUCACUCUCAAGAAUACAUAAUUCCUUCCGCGUUAUAUAUAUCUGAAAUAUAUAUAUAAGUUAGUGUUGAAAGAAAUUUUAUAAUAUUAAUUUCUUAAAUAUAUGUUUUUAAUCU